AUCUAUUCCUGAAUUUCACUUUCUGUUUGUCCUUAUUGUUUUUUUUUUUUCCCACAUCAAUUAAAAAAUUCUCUUUUUUUAUUUAUUUUUUACAUCUUUAAUUGGGUGAAAACAAGUCAAUUUAAAAAAAAAAAACCCAUUUUUAAUUUGAUAUUUUUGACUCAUGGAAUAAGGUUAUGGAAGUUGCAAGUAUGAAUUUGGGGGUGGAUAGAUAGAUAUCAGAAUAAAAUUUGUUUACCCAUUUUGUUUAUAUGUGAUGUCAUUCAUUAGGAUAUAGGGAAACAAAUUCCUUUCGAGGAGGAAGGAGAAAAUUUUAUCCCCCGUUUUCUUUUCUAUUUAGGAUAAAGGUGGGAUUUUUGAGGGGUUAGGUUUCAGGAAAUAAAAGUUCUUUCUUUUUGAUUCUGGGUAUAUUGCUUUCUAAAUUUGGGUAGGUCAGGGGUUGUUGUGUUUUUGCAGGGUUUUUUCAAUUUUUUUUUUUUUUCUUUCUUUCUUUCUUAUCAUCACCAGACAAUGGAAGAGUUAAAAUCGGCUUCACCUUCAGCUUCAGCUUCACAAUCCCAUAUCAAUGAGGAUAAUUCUUUGAAGCAUUCCUUAAAAAAUGACAACACUCUUGAGGGUUCAGGGAGUCCAAGAAAUCGGAAGGUAACAGCCAGAUGGGAUCCAGUUGAAGCUUGCAGACCUAUCAUUGAUGAAGCACCAGUUUUUUAUCCUACUAUUGAGGAAUUUGAGGAUACACUUGGUUACAUAUCAAAGAUACGUGCAAAAGCAGAGUCAUUUGGUAUAUGCCGAAUUGUCCCUCCACCUACAUGGAGGCCACCGUGCCCUCUUAAGGAGAAAGAUAUAUGGGAAUGUGCUAAAUUUUCCACACGAAUUCAGCAAGUUGACUUGCUUCAAAACAGGGAGCCCAUGAGAAAGAAGUUUAGAAGCCGGAAGCGAAAAAGGAGAAGGCAUUCAAAAUUUAGCUUGACCAGGAGGCAUGCAAAUUCUUGUUCAGAAGCAAAUGCUGCUUCUGAGACUGAUGAAAAAUUUGGGUUCCAAUCAGGAUCAGACUUCACACUUGAAGAAUUUCAGAAAUAUGCUGAUUAUUUCAAAGAAUGUUACUUUCAAAUGAAGGAUUCAGUGCAGGAUGUAAAACAUGGUGGUAUUGAACACCAGAAAUUAGAACCUUCUGUAGAGGAGAUUGAGGGUGAAUACUGGCGGAUUGUUGAGCAACCAACAGAUGAGGUUGAGGUAUACUAUGGAGCUGAUUUGGAAACAGGGGCAUUUGGAAGUGGGUUUCCUAAGGCUUCAUCCAUGAUAAUUGAAGGUGAAUCAGAAUCAGAUCAAUAUGUUGCAUGUGGUUGGAAUCUAAAUAACUUCCCACGCCUGCAAGGUUCAGUGCUAUGUUUUGAAGCAAAUGAUAUAUCAGGAGUUCUAGUGCCAUGGCUGUAUAUUGGAAUGUGCUUCUCAUCAUUUUGUUGGCAUGUUGAGGACCACCACCUUUAUUCACUGAAUUAUUUACAUUGGGGUGAUCCAAAGAUAUGGUAUGGGGUACCUGGAAGCCAUGCUUCCAAUUUGGAGGAUGCAAUGAGAAAGCAUUUACCUGAUUUGUUUGAGGAACAGCCUGAUUUACUCCAUGAACUGGUAACUCAACUAUCUCCUUCAGUUUUAAAAGCUGAGGGUGUACCAGUGUACCGAGUUGUCCAACGCUCUGGGGAGUUUGUUCUUACCUUUCCUAGGGCAUACCACUCUGGCUUUAAUUGUGGCUUUAACUGUGCAGAAGCGGUGAAUGUAGCUCCUGUUGAUUGGUUAGCACAUGGGCAACUUGCAGUUGAGCUCUACAGUAAGCAGCAUCGUAAGACAUCCAUAUCCCAUGACAAGCUAUUACUUGGAUCUGCUCAGAAGGCAGUCCAGGCCCUGUGGGAGCAACUAGUUAUUGGGCAAAAAACUACUGCAAAUCUGAGGUGGAAAAAGGUCUGCGGGAAGGAUGGGCUUCUUACUCAAGCGGUUAAGAACAGGGUGAAAAUGGAGGAGGAAAGACUGCGGAAUCUUCCAACUCAUCUAAAAUUGCAAAAGAUGGAAAAGGAGUUUGAUUUGUGUAGUGAGAGAGAAUGUUUCACUUGCUUCUAUGACUUGCAUUUGUCUGCUGUCAGCUGCAAGUGCUCCCCUGAACAAUUUGCAUGUCUUAAACAUGCAAACCAUUUUUGUUCAUGUGAAGCAGAUGACAAAUAUGUGCUUCUGCGUUACACUAUGGAUGAAUUAAAAACAUUAGUUGAAGCAUUGGAGGAAAGAAUAGAUGCUGUAAAAGUGUGGGCACCUAAGGAGGCUAAAUUGGAUUCUGAUUGUGACAAUGCUGAACAUGUAUGUAAGCUGGAUCAGAGGGGCAAGUCAUUUCAAACUGCCUAUUCUGAGCAGAGGGAAAGUCCAUCUUGUUCGCCCAAAGCAGAAGAAACAUUGGGUGCCAAUAUCUCUUGCUGUUCAAAUAGUCAAGUUUCUUCAGAAGUAAUCCAGUCUGAUAGCCAUGACAAUGUCUUUAACAAUGAAGCUAAGAUGAAGCAAGAGAGUUGCAUCGACUUAAAUCUUGAUUUUAUGUCGGGUGAUCAUGGAAGUGAGUUUCUCCUUUCAUCUGAUAUCUCCAACAAACAAGUCGUCUCAGCUGUGGAAACAAAUAUGUUUAGCAAGAAGUUAUUUGGGGUUGAUCUUUCAGUUGGGGAUUCAUGUGCAAUGCUGCCAUCAGAAAGCUCCUCUAAAACCAAAAUAGUUAACAUCUCAGAUGUUAAUACGUCUAUAUCCAACCAAAACAAUCCAGUGAAUAAUUUGGGUUUUUUUGUUGAACCUCUAAAUUUUGGUUGUGUCAUGUUUGGAAAGCUUUGGCGCAGUAGGCAUGCGAUAUUCCCAAAAGGGUUUAAAAGCAGAGUUAUGUUCUUCAGUGUGCUUGAUCCAAGAAAAACUUGUAGCUAUAUUUCACAAGUAGUGGAUGCUGGAUUCCUCGGCCCUCUUUUUAAGGUAUCUUUAGAAGAAUGCCCAAACAAAACAUUUACAAAUUUUUCAGCAGAAAAGUGCUGGGAAAUGGUGCUGCAACAACUGAAUGAGGAAAUUAUGCGACGGAACAGAAUAGGAGAAAGUGGACUGCCACCUGUGCAGCCUUUGACAAGUGUUAAUGGGCUUGAAAUGUUUGGGUUUCUCUCUUCACCCAUUAUUCAGGCUAUUGAGGCUCUUGACCCCAAUCAUCAGUGUACAGAGUACUGGAACAAUAAGCUUGCCAAUUUGAGCACUAAAAACGAGGCGAAGAAGUCCCAUGUUGGACUGAGUUGCAGUCUCACAGGCAAUCCAGCCAUAGGGGGUCAUCAUUGAGGUGAAGAAGCAAGGAUGAUUCAAGAAAAAGCUGAAGACUCGCAAAUAAUGCAUAGGGUAUUUCUGCAGAGAGGCACAAAGUGCUGAAUGGAGGAAACUAACAAAACAAGUAGAAUAAUGAAAGAAGAUGAUAACAGAUUCCGCCAUUCUUUCUCAUUCUGGACUGCUCUAUUCAGUCCCAUUAUUUUUUUUUUUCUUCAUUCGGAGUAGCUUGGCUUAAUUAAUUUUCUCAUUUCUUAGGCCCAUUCUUUAAAAGAUUCAUAACAAGACGCAGAUCCUGGGCAGGAGUUGUACACAAAUUAUUUGAGGUGCCCACUCAUUACAUACAUACAGAAAUGAUGUCUGAUGCAUUUAACCCAUCUCUGAAAAAGAAUAGAUAUGUACAUUAGGUCAUUUUACUUUACAUUUUAUGAGAAAUAUAUGCUAGUUUCGUCUA